GCCCUGGGAUCCCACGGCAGCUGCACCACCGAAGUGGAGAAGGAGACCCAGGAGAAGAUGAGUGUGAUCCAGCAGAACUUCCAGAAGAACCGUGAGGUGGUUCUGUCCCAGCUGCUCUCACUGGUGUGUGACAUCAAACCCGAGAUCCACGUCAAUUACCGCAUCAAUGGCUAG